CCUCCCUGUGGCCCAAAAAAGUUCAAAGAUUCAAGCCCCAAUUAGUUCAUCUAUUCUCUCUCCUCUCUCUCUCUCUCUCUCUCAUAUGGACCUCCUGAGCGUGGCGACCUAUCUAGGCCUCUGCGUUUUGGCAGUCUUCUUGGUCAUCUUAUGCAUCAGAUGCAUCCUCAAUUGGGAGUUGAAGAAGAUCAACACAAAAAAUCCCAUUAAAUCAUCCAUCAAUGAUGGAGUUCAGGGCUCAAUUUCCAUUCUAGAGAUCCAAGUGAAAUUGCCUUGUGGUCUCAUAUUUAGCAAUGAGAGUUGUCCCCUCAAGUUCAACAUGGCAGAGCUGGUGAACUCACUUGGAGUUCCCUUAGGGGAGGGCAACUUGGGGCCUUUGUAUAAGUUGGUUCUUGGAUGUGGGUCCACUGUCACCAUUCGACGCCUCCGGGAGUAUCUAGCAAAGUUGCCGGAAAUCAAUCAACAAAUAGCGUUUAUCGGAGGGAUCCGCGAUGCGUUGCUGUCGCCGAUCUUGUUUAGCUUUUGGUAUGGGGAUGACACAUUCAUAGUGUACGAGUACUUCUGUAUGGGGAGUCUGGAAGAGCUGUUGCAUGGAAAGGAGGGGAUCAGUUUCACCCCACUAAGCUGGGAGAUGCGAUCAGCCAUAGCAUUCCAAGCAUCCUCAGCAAUGGCAAUGAUUCACAACCAAGUCGAUCACGACAAACAAGCCCUUGUGCUGGGUGUUCUAAAGCCCUCAAACAUCAUGGUGAGGCCUGAUUUCUCAACAUGUCUAGCCAGCCUUGAUGCCUCAUACCUCACCCCACCCAUCACCAUCAUAAGGCGAAAUCUCGGGCGUGCAGCUCCUGAACUUAGGCGGUCUAGAGAAAGCCCAAUUCUUUCUUGCAAGUCGGAUGUGUAUAGCUUCGGUGUUCUUCUGCUUGAGCUUGUCACAGGAAAGAAACCAGUUUUUGACAAUGGACAUGGGAAAGAAAUCACUUUGGUCGGAUUCGUGAGGGCGAAAACACAGAAGGAAGGAGUAAACACUGCAUUUGACGAAAGAAUAUGUGAUGGUGUGGAAGAUGGUAUGACAGAGAUGAUGAAUAUUGCUAAAUUGUGCCUAAUGUUAAACCCUGAUGAAAGGCCUACAAUGGUAAAAGUGGUAGAGAUGAUACUGCAACUCAAUGUUAAUAGCAACUUCUUAGGCGUACCAUAGUAUCUGGAGCUUUCAUAUUUUGUAAGUGGAAUGGCUAUUGUAAAAUUGUAAUAUUAUUGAUAGUUGACUGUUUGGUAUAAGCCCUGGAUUUAUAUGAA